AUGGUAUCUAUCAGCCGUGGCAGACUAGGAUGUGAAAACUGCCGGUCCCGAAGGAUCAAGUGCAACCAGCUCAGACCAAGGUGCUCUCAGUGCGCCCGAGCUGGCCUACAGUGCUCUGGCUACAGAACUCUGUUGGACCUCGUGUUCCAGGAUCAGACAGCGAGAAUAGCCCAGAAGUAUCCUGCCACAGAUAUGACCUUGCACGGCAAGGCCCGUCACCAUAAUCCAACCUUCUUCGUUCCUGCAAUGCCCAUGGAGGAUAUCGCAUUGCAGCAUUACAUGGAGCAAUUCACCAUCACAAGCGGCCCCAGUCCACUGCGUGGCCAAGAGCUCCCCAAAAUCAUCGUUACGAGCGUUAUCUCCGUCGGCCUAGCCGCAUUGGCAGCUGCUCAUCGCGAUCCCCACUUGAUGCAGCUUGCUCGACGCAAGUAUGCAACGGCUCUUCGGCUUCUUGCGCGUGCCAUUCAUGAUCCUGAGCGGUCGCUCGGGGCGCACACGGCCACCUCUUCUUUUAAUUUGUCCAUGUUUGAGGUUUAA